AUGGAUACUAAUCAAACCUGUCUUGUUUUAAUCGCUGAUGUGGCCAUUCGUCAGAGUGAUGAGUUCUUAAAACAGCUAUGUAUCACCAGCAUCGUGCUCAAUAUCAUACUGGGAAUAACAGCUACUUUAUUAAAUGGACUGAUAAUCGUCGCCAUCUUGAGAUCCCAGAACCUCCAAACACCUUCUUAUUUGCUGAUAACAAGUUUGGCUUUCACUGAUCUUCUAGUUGGUUUAGUUUAUCAUCCRUUUUUUACUAUCUUCAGCAUGUCUCUGUUAAGGAGGAACUACCAACUCAUAUGUAAUCCCGAAAUACCUUUAUAUAUGUUCUUUGAUGUAAUCAUACUAGCUCUGGGAGGAAUUGCGUUCAUUACCAAUGCCUUCAUCAGUAUAGACAGAUAUUUAGCGCUGACUCUAAGACACCGAUAUAGAACUCAAGUGACUAAAAAGAGAGCUGUUAUCCUAAUCUCAGUUCUAUGGACUGGAAAUAUUUCCUKUGCUGUUUUCUUGARAGUGAUUAAAAGUUYKUCACUAGAACAGAAAGUUCUACCACUAGCAGUCUUUGAAGCGGUACUUUUGGCAAYAACCAGUGUGUACUACGCAAAGUCCUUUAUGUCCCUGCAYCGCUACACAUCACAWAUACGAGCAAAUCAACCCAAUUCCAUACAAGGCAACUUUGAUGUUGUGAAAUACAAAAAGACCUUGAAGACAAUGGUCGCCAUUUUGGUUUGCCUUCUACUUUGCUGUGUACCUGGCGCUGUGUUGUUGUUUGUGCGAUAUAUYAUAGGAGAGGAAAAUAGGUUUACGUUGAUUUGUGCUGCAAUAGGUUUUUUUGCUUUUUCAGUCAACUCCACAUUAAACCCAUUGAUCUAUCUCACAAGAUUUACAGAUAUACGCCAGGAGUGUAAAAAAGUUUUGAAAUUGAGAUAGAUUUGACUGCUUCUUUGUUUAUUUAACUGACUUUACUUUUUGAAUUUCGACAUUUUAAAUGAACUCUCAUUUAUUAGUUGUUAGUAGAAAAUAAUAAAAGUUCGGGCUUGUAAUGGAGACGGCAUUAAUUAUUAUAUAUUGUGUGUAAUCAUAUAAAAAAAUGUUUUAWAUUAUUUUAGAUCAGUUAAGAUGUCUCUGAGAUAUUG